AUGACAAAAAGAGGUUAUACAAAUCUUGCAGCAGGUUCUGAUAGACAAGGUAUGAAUAGAUAUGAUAUCACAGAUGACCCUAGAGAUGUUAGUACAGGUAUUUUCUGCGGAUCUGCAGGAAACCAUACUCACACAGUAGCUGGAAUCACAGAUGCAACAGGAAAAGGUCAAGACUUCUUACCACCAUUUAUGACUGUAUUCGCUUGGUUCAGAGCUGCUUAA